AUGCCAGAGGGAUCCACGGAAGAGCUCCACAGCAGCCAACCCUGUGAGAGCCAAGUGCCCGAGCCUGCUGGGCUGCUGGCUCCCAGGAGCAGCAGGACAAUGGUGACAGGAGGCGGAGGCUACCUGGGAUACAAUCUGGGAUGUGCCCUUGUUAGCUCGGGAAUUGCUGUUGUGCUGUUUGAUGUUCGGAAGCCUAAAUGGGAAAUUCCAAGCGGAGCGGAUUUUUUCAAGGGUGAUGUGAGGGAUUAUGAAGCAGUGUUCAAAGCAUGUGAAGGGGUGGACUGUGUUUUCCAUGUAGCUGCAUGUGGAAUGUCAGGAUUGGAACAACUUCAAAAGAAAGAUCAGAUUGAAUCCAUAAAUGUUGGAGGCACAAAAAUAAUAAUUGAUGUCUGCAAACAAAGAAAUAUCCCUAGACUGAUAUAUACCAGUACAGUGAAUGUGGUGUUUGGAGGGAAUCCUAUUGAAGAAGGAGAUGAAGAAACUGUACCGUAUUUUCCACUGGAAAAGCAAUUUAAUCAUUAUUCCAGAACCAAGGCAAUUGCAGACCAAAUGGUUCUUGCUGCUAAUGGAACUUUACUCAAAGGAGGGGACAAGCUCCACACGUGUGUGCUUCGCCCGCCGGGCAUCUACGGACCAGAAGAGCAGCGGCACCUGCCUCGAGUAGCCAUAAAUAUCCAGCGGAGACUUUUUAACUUCAAGUUUGGGAAUCACAAAGUUCAGAUGAACUGGGUUCACAUAGGAAAUCUAGUGCAAGCUCAUUUACUGGCUGCUGAGGCUCUCACCUCUGAGAAGGGCUAUGUAGCUAGUGGUCAGGCUUAUUACAUCCAUGAUGGUGAGAAUGUCAUCUUCUCUGAGUGGAUUGUGCCUUUGUUUGAAAAAUUAGGUUACAGGAAACCUUGGAUACAUAUUCCUGUUCUCCUGGCUCAUAUAGCAGCCACUGUGAUGGAAUAUCUGCACCUGAUACUAAAGCCAGUUUUUAGCUUCACACCUUUCUUGACAAGGAAUGAGGUGUGGAAUGUCACUGUAACUCACACUUUCCGAAUAGACAAGGCACGAAACCAACUUGGUUACAAACCAAAGAAAUUCUCAUUUGCUGAUUCUGUGGAUCAUUAUCUAAAAACAAGACCUACCUGCCAAGAAGAUCACACAUUCCUUAAAAUGGUGUUUGUUUUUGGCAUUUUGUUAAGUUUGAUCAUUCUUUCUUUCUUCUAA